AUGACAGGAGACCCGUUUUUCAAUUUGGAGCUGAGUGGCUGGGCUUGUCAUAAGUUUGCCAGUCUGGGUGCAAAUGACGACGUUGUUAUACUCUUGAAAAGACUGAAUCCAUCUUGGUGUCAUGCGCUUGUCAAGCGUUUCCCAUUGGGCAAGCUCAUUGCGUCGGUGGGAUACUUUGGCGGUUUUGAGGCGAUUAAGCGAGGUCUGACACCCACGGGCAAGGAUCCGUCUGACUUGAACGCCUUCCGCGUGUUUGCGGCUGGCGGAUUUGCAGGUAUCAUCAACUGGGUCAUUGCUAUUCCGCCCGAUGUGAUCAAGUCCCGCAUCCAGACCGCGCUAGAAGGCACGUACCGUGGCAUUGUGCACUGCUUCCAGGUGCUCAUGAAGCAAGAAGGACCAGGCGCACUGUUCACCGGCGUGGGGCCUGCGAUGGCACGCGCGUUUCCAGCGAACGCUGCCUGCUUUCUCGGUGUCGAGUUUUCCAAAAAGGUUCUCGGCUUCUUUGACAUCUACUAA